UCAAGUUCUUGGUAUCCAAGAAUGGCCGAAAAUGAUGGAGCUAGUGCUUCAAAUGAUGAUGGCGGCAUCAAAGAGCAAGAGCGCUUACUUCCAAUAGCCAACGUCGGCCGGAUAAUGAAGCAAAUUCUGCCUCCUAAUGCAAAAAUCUCAAAGGAAGCCAAGGAAACUAUGCAAGAAUGCGUUUCUGAGUUCAUAAGCUUUGUCACUAGUGAAGCAUCCGAGAAGUGCAGAAAGGAAAGGCGCAAGACUGUGAAUGGAGAUGAUAUAUGCUGGGCUUUGGCUACUCUAGGUUUUGAUGACUACGCCGUACCACUAAGAAGAUACUUGCACAAGUAUAGAGAGCUAGAAGGAGAUAAAGCAGCAAAUCAAGACAAGGUCGGUAACAGCAACACUGAUCAAGACAGGGAGGAACCAUCUUCAUAUGGAAGAAACCAAACAAUAAACCAGGCUGUUGCUCCAACUCCAUUGAAGUUCAGCAUGAUUGGCAGCAGUAACAACUCCAAUCUGGGGCCAUUUAAUUGAGGUUUAUGGUUAGGUAUUAGUCAACAUAUAGCUGUUUCUAGCUUUAACCAUGAUAACACUAAUCAACAAGAUUGGGUUCUAUUUACUUGAUUUGAUGUGGCACCUGUUGACCUCUUAGUGGAAUU